AUGGCACCUCCCACGUCCGAGUUGGAGAACCUCUCCAAUCCCCUCGCCACUCCUGAACAGCUCUCGAGCUCAUCCUCGUUCAUCGACGGCGUUGCCCCCGACCUCGAGGCGUCCACUCGAUUCGCCGGGGCCCAACUCACCCAAGCAGCUGGCAUCCUGCUGCGCUUGUCGCAGGAUAUCAUCGCGCAGGCGAUCGUGACUUUCACUCGAUUCUGGGCUGGUCCUGAAGGAGGGAGUCUGAGAAUUUACUCUGUCAAGGAUGUCUCUGCCGCAGCACUCUACCUGACUGCAAAAUUAUCGUUCCAACCAACAUCUCCCCGUUCCGUUUUGAACGUCUAUGCAUUCCUCCUUUCGAAAGAUGCAUCGCCACUUUGGUUCGUCAACGCCAAAGGUUGUCCGCAUAAACCCUCCCCGGAAACAUAUUACCUUUCGGAAGGAGGCUAUCAGACCGAGCGAUCCGUCCUCUUCCGGAUAGAAUCUGUCGUAUUGCGGACUUUAGGAUUCAAUACACACGUGGCAUUACCGCAUACCAUAGCGCUCACAUACCUCGAGACUCUGGGUGCAACUACUCCCGCUGUGGCACAGAGGGUAUUUGAACAUCUGAAUGCAGCUCUUCUGUCACCUCAGCUUCUCUACAUCACCCAUCAGCCAAACGCGCUGGCCGUCGCCGCUAUCUACCUUUCAGCCCGAGAGGUAGGGGCCAAGCUGGUGGACGGGGAAUGGUGGGAGGUCUUCGAUGUGGACCGCGAAGAACUUGGCUUCUUGGUCGUUGCGAUGAGAAGCAUGGAGGGUUUUGCAGUAGCGGAAAAGGAGAAAUGGAAGUCACGUCCCAUCCCCCUGGUGGUGGAUGAGGUGGAGGCAGAAAUCGAAAGGAGAAGAAUGCUAGAGGAGGGUGAGUGA